UCCGGCACACCGAAAGCAGCUCUGACGCCACCACAUCGCACUUACCUGGGUCGCCUGGGCGCCCCCACCGGCGUCCCGCCGUCAGUGCCGAUAAGAUAGGCGCGGCGGUGGUAUCGAACACCCGACACCGGUCGGCAGCGUCCACUUCCCGCCGCGACGUCUGGUCGACGGGUGCUCUGUAGGCAUUCUCUGCGGUUACCGACCGACCGCGCCCUCUGAUCUCUGAUCGCGCCGGCCCUCAGCGAUCAUCUGUCUGCUGCUGCGACCGCUGCCCUCAGAGACCGUCGGAGGUAACUGAUCACGACCCCGGAGCGCGGAGCGAUGCGAGUGGUGCGCGUGGCGGCGCUGUGCGCGCUGCUGGCGGCGGCGGCGGCCCAGCCGGACACCGAGGACCUGCCGCCUGUGGACGAGCUGGUGCAGCAGCUGGUGAGCGGCGAGCUGACUCCUAAACAGGUGGUCCUCAUGACACCCAACAUGCCGCCCGCCUACCUGAACGACGUCAAACACAGUCUGCCCGACGAGCUGAAACAGCAGAUUGUGGAGCUGGUGCACGGUAUGGCCUCCGAGACGGAGCCGGAGCCGGAGCCGGAGCCGCAGCCGGAGCCGGAGCCGGAGGAGCAGACCGGAGAGGACGAGGAGGAGGACUAUACCGACGACUACGACCUGGAGGAGGAGGAGGACGGCGCGGCCGAGCAGUCGGCAGACCUGCAGGCGGCCGAGGAGCCGGCCGCGGCGCCCGGCGGCCAGCAGCCCCCGCAGUACCCCGGCCCGGUGCUGCGCGCCAGCGCUGUGGAGACCACCGGCGGCAGUGCCGGCCUGCGGGCCGACCCCAUGGGGGACAGCGGGAGCGGCAGCAGCGGCGGCAGCAGCAGCGUCUCGGAAGGCGGUGUGGUGCCGGGCGUCGGCUCCUCAACUCCUCUGGAUAAUACCUCAGCCGCCAAGAAACUGCUGGAGUUCUCCAAGAUAGAGAAGAAUGCCUGUCAGGCGCGCUUCAAAGAUGCCUUCAACUUCUAUACCAAGGACCCCACGGGGGGCCCGAGCAAGGUGACCUCUGAGGCGAACUACAUGAAGGUGUGGCGCGAGUUUGCCGGUAACGCGACCCAGUACGACCUGUCCGGUAUCGACCGCACUGACCUGAUGGCCGUCUUCAUGCUGCUGCGGCACGCCGGCCCGGCGGCGCUCAGCGACUCCCAGCUGUCGGAGCUCAGCACAGCCAUUACUAACCUGGAGACGAAGUUCGCGACGCCCAGGGUGUGCGAUUUCUACGACUCGUCGAAGUGCGACCUGCAGCUCUACCGCGAUAUCCGUGUGAAGCUGGCCGCCUCCACCGACCGCGAUGAGCUGAAGCACUACUGGCUGGCGUGGCGCGGCGCUGUCGGACGCGACGCCGCCCCGCACUACCAAAAAUACGUCAACCUGCUCAACAUUGCCGCCAAGAGCAAGGAUCCCGACUCGGACGGCUCUGCUCUGCUGCUCUACCCGUACCGGCACGGCAACGUGGGCAGCAUCGUCAGCCUGCUGGAGGAGCUCUGGGAGGAGCACAUCUCGCCCGUCUACGAGCAGCUGCACUCGUACGCCCGGCUGCGGCUGCGCCAGCGCUACGGUGUGGACGCGGUGCCCGAGGAGGGGCCGAUCCCGGCCCACCUGUUCGGCAGCCUCGAGGCCGACGACUGGAGCGCCCUGGAGCCGCUCCUCAGACCGUUCGACAACGCCAGCUCGGUCGACUUCCACCGGCAGUGCAACAGCCGGAACAUUGACGUGGGUCGUCUGAAACAAGAGGCGGGCAGCCUGUACUCUGACCUGGGCCUGGGCAAGCCCUCCGUGACUGAGAUGUCCUUGUCGCGGCUGAAUGUGGCCGCCGCCGACUCUGACUCGGUGCUUUUCCUGCCGCGCGUGCUGGACGGGUGCCACACCGAUAUUCAGACGUCCGUAGCCGUCUACCCGACCAACACGACCCUCUCCGACUACGUGGAGCUGAUCGAGCUGUUCGCCACGAUGCAGCGCUUCAGGGAGCGCUACGACUCUCUAACCGCAGACAACAUCGGCUUCCCCUACAAGGACCGCAUCGGCUAUAACGACUACGGCCUGGAGCUCGCCAUCGGCGGCGCCCGCGCCCUCUCCGCCAUCUCUCCGGAGGGACUCCAGCAGAAGCUCAACUUCCAGCUCCCCGAUACCAGCGAGCAGGCCGCUCUCAACUUCCGGAUGGCCGAGGCCCUCAAGCUGCUGCCCCGUCUGGCCGCCUCGAUGGCCGCCGUUCGCUGGCAGUCGGAGGUGCUGAGCGGCUCCGUUCCCCUGGACCAGUACAACAACAAGUGGUGGCAGCUCAAGCGCGAGUACCAGGGAGUGAGCCCGCCGGAAAGCCGCGGAACUGAGCAGUUCGACGCACUGGCCGACGGCACCCUGACGCUGCCCAACUACCACAUCAGGCGGCUGAUCGGCGGUAUCGUCAUGUUCAGCGUCCACAAGCACCACUGCACCAUGUACGGAGACUCGGCCAAACCGCUCUCCGAGUGCGCCAUCUUCGAUGACACCAAGCUGGGCGAGAGCAUCAAGAGCGUCCUGGUGUCGGGCAACUCGAAGCCGUUCAAGGACCAGCUGCUGGCGGUGACUGGGGAGCGCGACCUGUCGGCGGCGGCGCUCGUCGAGCGCAUGCAGCCCCUCACCGAGUGGGUGAUGGCCUACAACGAGGAGCACGGCGGCGAGGGCGGCGGCGUCUCCGAGAACACUGAGAUGAUCGCCAUCAUCGUGGGCGUCGUCAUCGCCAUCAUCGUCAUCGGGCUCAUCAUCUUCUUUGUGGUGGCGAGGAGGAAGCAGAAGUACCAGGACUACAAGGGCGCCCCGACCCGGGAGGGCCAGGCCGCGCAGCACGCAUAGACCGGAGCUGGGACCGUAGGCCGGGGCCGGCUCCACCGGGGCAGAGCGGUGCCCCGUGGUCAGUGCACGAGAUAGGUGCUCGGGAGGGGAGCAGAGGGGGCCGGAAACGGCACCGCCUGGCUGACAGAGGCAGCUCCGAAUGAUCAACGGAGCAGACUUUGGGAUGAGAGAGAUUGUGAGUGAAUCGUGGGCCAGUGUAGAGUCGGUGGAACCUAGCUGACCGGUUGAAGGGACCGACACUGAGCAGCUUCGGUGAAUUUCAGCUUCGGUGAAGAACGUGUGUAUGAAUGUGUGACGAUUGUUGGUCGUUCCGCCUCGCCUCGCUUGUUGAGUGCCAUAGAAUCAGUAGUUUGACGGUUCACGCUUUAGAUGUCUGCUUCGCGUAGUUUGAUGGUAGGAGAAGCAUGUUUGAAUUCCAUGUGUGCGAUCAUUUACCUACUGUAAUGAUUUAGCAACCGGGUGACCAGUAUAUGUAGUAUACCUAUGUACGUGGAUUAAGUCAUUUGCUUUGGCACCGGAUGCUGUACUUUCUGUAAAAAUUUUAAUUUUAAUUUUAAAGAGCACGCUUUAGUUGCAAUGUUGUACUAAGAGGUUCAAAAUUCUAAGCAUCCGAUAGUGUUGACAUGAGUUCUGGAAAACCGUCAAAUAAAUCUUUUACUUUCCGAAA